GGACAGAUGGCGCGGUAGUGCUACUCCAUGUAAACAAGUUGAGGGUGGCGGAUGCCUCACCCAGCUGCUGCUGCUGCUGCUGCCUCUGACACUGACGGCUGCCUCAUAUCUCAUACUGGCCUUCCUCACACACCAGGUCGUUCAGCGAUGCAACGGUAGCGUGGGUGUGGUGCCUGGCGCCCCUACUGGAGGUCAGUACUGCUGCCGAUGACAGGUGAAGCCUCUGCUCUCAAACAUUAACUACUUAACGUUCACAGAUGGUUAACAUUUGACUAAGACACAUGCUGCAAUGGGAGAUGAACCACCACCUUUGCCACCGAAGCUGCGAUCUGCAGCGGGAGGCCGAUACACAGAACAAGAUAUUGCUAAGGCUUUGGAGGAAGAAAAUAAAGAGUAUGAACGCAUAAGAAGGGAGAAACUGGGACGGUCACAAUCCCAAAAAUCUACUUCCUUAAAUGAAAAUGGCCCACCAGAUUUGUCGAGGUCUCAAACUCCCACUGAGAAGAGAAGUUCAAGGACAGGUGAAACAGUGCCUCGGCCUCGUCCGAGUGCAGUCUCAACCCAGCCCACACCUAAACCUCGUACAGUUAGUCUUUUACAGACUCAGCCAGUAACCCACCACAAUCAUCCACAAAACAUUUCCAAGCCCAGAUCUGUUUCAUGCUGUGUUACAAAUAUUUCCAUUGAGUCUGAUUUAGGCUGUACCAGUCAGUCUGUGUUAAGUGCAUCAAGUCAGGGCUGUAAAGAUGCAAGUAGUCAGCAAGAUCUUAUGUCAUUUCAUAGCCCAGAGAAACCAAAGAAUGAUAUACUAGAGCUUCUCCAUAACAUAAAUGCAAAUCAGAGUGCUGUAGUUCCUGUGUCAACCUCUCAGGGAUCCUACAGAAUGUCGAAUACUUUUGCACAAUCAUUUAAUUCUCAACAAUUACCACUAAGACCAACAUCAAAUUUGCCUGCAUAUCAAGGGACCAUUGCCCCAGUGUUCACAGGAUCUCAGUGGCCGACAGUCACCCCAAAUGGGGCAUCAUAUUCAUGUUUUAGUUCAGCACCCUCUUCAGUUCCAUAUAGACCAGCAUUGCCUCCAUCACACACUUUAUCUAGUAGUCUAAAUUUUACAAAUUUCUCUAAUAUUGGACAAUUAGUCAAAUCAUCACCAGCACUACCAAGCUCUCAUAUUGCUCCUCCAUUACCCCAGAGAUGUCCAGUAUUGGAGAUAAGCCGAAUGAGUGCACUGGUCAAUCAGUUGUCUGUGACUCAGAGUGCAUCAGGUGGUACAGCAUUUUCUCCUUCAACUUCAGGAACACCCACAUUUGAAGCUCCCAUCAGUUCUGGUAUUGUUGGAACUAAAGUCAGCACUCCCAAAGGUGAUGACCUCAUUGAUUUGGGGAUAGGCUCAAUUUUAAAAGAAUCUGCAGAUGAUAUAGAAGCAAGGACUAAUGUUUUAGAUGUGUUUGAUCCAAUUUUGUUAAAAGCUAAAGAGGAGGAAUUGAAGAAAAAUAUUAGUACUUCCUCUAGUGUAGGAGUUGCAAGUGUGGAUACUGACAAUGUAUCAAUUAGUAAAGAAGCUCAUGAAUUACUUCAGUACAAGAUGCCCAAGUCUCUUUGUGAUGAUGAAAUGAGUUACUAUGAACAAGUUGAUCCUUUUGAAUAUAUGCAUCCUGGUGCUAGCAGCACAAGAUCAGAUCCUGUGUAUGAUGCAUAUGAUGGUUUGGUUAGCCCUGGAGCAGUUGGAGGAGAGACCUUUGACAUACCACCACCUCUACCUCCACGAAUAAAUACUAAAGAUGCAGAAGUCAAAUUACGCAAAACACUGACAAGCCCCAGAAUGCAAAAAAAAUACAUGGCAAAGAAACGAUCUGGGGUGUCGUUUGAUGGAAAGUCCAGUACAAGUCAAGUUCAUUUACGCAAGAUCCCUGCACUUAAUGCAGAUGAUGAGGCAAGAGCUUUUUGGAAUAGCAUUAAGAAACGCAGAGGAGAGUAUGCUUGGAAUGAUCAUAUUGGAAAUCCAGGCUUGCUGCAUAGUGCUUGUUUGGAGGGAACUAUUGACCCAUCUCUGAGUGUAAAGCUUUCAGUGCAUUACAAAGAUCGAGAACCUGUAUCAUUCACCUGCAACUUGGACUCAAGUGUGGAGCAUGUUGUAAUGCACACUGUUUGCACCUUAGAACUUCCUGGUGAAUCUGCAGACUACAUUCUUAAGGUUAGGGGAGUGGAUGACUAUUUAUCUGGAGAAACGAUCCUUGGGGAAUAUGAAUAUGUACACAGCUGUAUGAAAUAUGAUGAAGAUGUUGUCUUUACUCUUAUGCAUGCAGAUUCUGUCAGGCAGUCAUAUUUGCGCACGGAAGAGGAUGAUCUUGCUGUGAUGAAUGUUCGUGUCGAGGAUUUAAUGUCUGCUGGCUCAGGAGAAGUAGUACAUCAUGAAACACUAAUUAUUGUGGUUGAAACAUUUGAGACUGAAUUGACACGCCUUCAGAAUUCUGGUUUUUUGUUGGUGGAUGGAACCCCUGUUCAAGACUUGCCAUCACCUAUGAGAUCAAGAAGGCUUCGGCAGGUGGUGAAGCAAAUGUGUGCUCUGCUUGGAAAUUUGGAAACAACUGAAGUGUCUGAUGCAGUAAAUACUCUUGUAUCUACAUGUAGAAUAAUUCAGCAGAGUCAAGGCAUUCUUGAUGGUGAAGAGGACAGUCAUGGACUGCGCGUGCUCUCCACGGGCUCCCAUGAUACCUCUAACCCAGAGAACUUAAAGCAGCUGUUACUUGACUCUCUCAGUCGCCUUGCUGGUGCAGUAAACAAUUUCUUGGCAAUGUAUGCUAAAGCAUUCAGGGUAGACUUCACAGUUGACAUGACUGUAGAUCCUACACAUGAGCAACGAGACAUUCAAGAUGUCAGAGAAAAGGUUUCAGUUAAGGUUCUAGGUCUUCAUCGCCUUCAAUUAGAAUGGAAGUAUGAUGAAUAUUUUGUAGAGGCACAAUUGUUUCAUGGAUCCAGAUGUAUUGGCCAGCCUGUUUAUACACAUACAAAAAAGGUUAUCGAAGAUUCAAAAUUUUAUCCAAAAGUUGUUUUCAGUCGUUGGUUGGAUUUUGGAGCACGGGUUAACACCUUGCCAAGAGAAAGUCGUCUAGUCCUAACAGUGUUUGGCUUAAAAGUUGUUGAAGAAGAAAAUAAAGCUGAACAACCUCAAUAUAUCCGGGAAGAGCUUGGCUGGGCUGCCAUACAAUGUUUCUCAUUUGAAGGGCAUCUCUCCCAGGGGUUCCAUCUUCUUACACUUUGGCCAAUGGCAAGUGAUCGAAGACUUGGCCCUGCACCCUAUUCCUCAGACCAUCCUCAAGUUCAUGGUUGUGCUGUUCUUUCUGUGGAAUUGAUGGAUUUUGGUGGUGAAGUUACCUUCCCAGAAAUAAUUCCAUUAGAACCUACAAAGCUGGAGUUCUCAUCCUUGGACAUUAAUACCCAGCAGCAGCUCUCCGAUAUCAUAGAGAGAGAUAUCUUCACCUUCAACAAGGGUUCAGUGGAAGAGAGAGAGAUAUUAUGGGAAAAACGACAUUACUUGCACGAAGAACCCUUUGCUUUAGCCAAAGUUCUUCUAGCAGCUCACUCUUGGGACGUGUCAUGCUUGCCAGACCUUCAUUCUCUAAUAAAGAACUGGGCCUCACCAGUGCCUUCAGAUGCCUUACACCUUCUUUUACCAUGUUUUGCAGACAGUGUGGUGCGUGCACGUGCAGUGGAAUGGAUUAGAGGUCUUGGGUCAGAUGAACUGAUAACAUUUUUGCCCCAGCUAGUGCAAGCAGUAAAACAUGAAGCUUGGGAUAUAUCACCCACAGCAGAGUUGCUAUUGGAGCGUGCAUUGACCUCACCCAGGCUCGCACAUCACUUGUAUUGGCUACUUAAUCAGUGCCUUCCUCUACAGACCAACAUGGGUGGUGAACGUGAAGUAGUCAGUGAUGCUCGAUACCGUCGGCGUCUCAACCUGGUAACUCGAGCCCUAAUGGCUAUAUGUGGCAAAAAUAUGGAAAAUAGACUUCUUACUCAGGAAGCUGUACUUAGGAGCUUAUAUGGCACAGCGAUGAACAUUAAAGAUAUGAAGGAUAGUCAGCGGAUGCAUUUGCUUAGCCGAGACUUGGAAAAUAUUCAUUUCAGCCUUGAGGCUAGCCCUACAUCUCUACCACUUUCACCAUCUCUGGAAGUUGCUGGGGUUGAUGUGAAAAACUGUUCCUACUUUAACUCAUUCACUGUUCCCCUGAAGUUGGCCUUCCUGUCUUCUGAGAAAAAUACUGAUCCAAUUCAUGCCAUCUUUAAGGUAGGAGAUGACCUUCGCCAGGACAUGUUAGUGAUCCAGAUGAUUCGUCUGAUGGACAAGCUGUGGUUGAAAGAGGGAAUUGACCUUAAAGUUGUCACAUUUAGUGUUGUUCCCACAGGAGAUAAAAUUGGUAUUAUUGAACUAGUUAAAGAUGCUGAAACUCUUCGAAAGAUCCAGACAGAAUAUGGAGUAACAGGGUCUUUUCAGGACCGUCCGAUUGCAGAGUGGUUAGCUAAACAAAAUCCUUCCCAGUUAGAAUAUCAGAGAGCUGUUGAUAACUUUACUGCCUCAUGUGCCGGAUAUUGUGUGGCUACGUACAUCCUGGGAAUUUGUGACCGCCAUAAUGAUAACAUCAUGCUGAAGACGUCAGGCCAUCUGUUUCAUAUUGACUUUGGCAAGUUUCUUGGUGAUGCCCAAAAGUUCGGGAGCUUCAAAAGAGAUCGUACACCAUUUGUGCUGACCUCUGAUAUGGCCUAUGUUAUUAAUGGAGGAGAGAAGCCUUCAGACAAGUUUCAGAGUUUUGUCGACCUUUGUUGUAGAGCUUUCAAUAUCAUCAGGCAUAAUGGCCAACUCUUGCUGUAUUUGUUUGCUCUGAUGGCAUCUUCUGGAAUACCUGGAGUUACCUGGGAUGCUGUGACCUAUGUUGAGCGAUCAUUAUUACAGGACAAAACUAAUGCUGAAGCUGGUGCCAUGUUUUCUCGCAUGAUUCAGGAGUCUCUCAAAUCAUGGUUCACACAGGUUAACUUCUUCAUUCACAAUCUAGCACAGCUGAGGUUUUCAGGGGAUCAUUCAGAUGACCUCUUGUCAUUCAUCCCACGUACUUACACGUUAUCACAAGAUGGAAAAAUUCAUAUGGUAAGGCUUUAUAGCUAUCAAAAGCGAUACAACCCAAACAAGUACUAUGUUUAUAUUUUGGAAGUAGAGCGAGAAGGACAGCGAGAACCAUCAUACCUAUUUCGAUCUUAUCGUGAAUUCUCAGAGUUUCAUCAGAAAUUGUGUCUGAUUUUUCCACUAGCCAGAAUACAUGGCCUUCCGAAGGGUGUCCAGAUUGGACGCUCGGAGGUGAAAGCUGUCGCAGAGAAGCGAAAACUCGAGAUCGAACUCUUCCUGGCCACGCUGUUUGACCUGGCCCCAGAGAUCUCUCACUCAGACCUGGUUUACACCUUCUUCCAUCCAUUGCUGAGGGACCAAGAAGAUACAGACAUCCAUAUUAAGAAGCUAAAGAAUAAGGAUACUCGCACAUCGCUGCCUCCAGCCAUACCGAGUGUACCAGGGCAAGUGCAGGGUCAAGUUAAAGUCAGUGUCCAAUAUCUUAGAGGCCAGUUGCAGAUCAUGGUUCAUCAUGCCCGUAAUUUGUCAGUUAUCAGUACUGGUCAAGAACCUUCACCCUAUGUUAAGCUGUAUCUGCUUCCAGACCCACACAAGAAGACAAAAAGGAAAACUAAAGUUGUUAAGAAAACCUGUCACCCAAUUUUCAUGGAACCAAUAACAUAUCGCAUGUCACAAGACAUUGUCAAGCAACGUGUACUUGAAAUAAGUGUUUGGAGUGAGGACAAGUUUAGUGAAAAUAUGUACCUUGGAAGCUCAUACCUUCGAUUAUCUGCUUUAGAGCUUAAAGAAGAGCAGUGUGAAUGGCUAAGUUUAGAGCAUCAGCGUAACACAGCUCUUGGACACACCAUUCAACACAAGGCAUAAAAGAGUUCAAAAUCAUUCCACAAUAUAAAAGGGGUUGAAAAUUCCUCUAGAAUUGUUUUAAUUAAUUUUUUACAGAGAUGUAAUAAAGUAUUUAUCUAUUAGCUUCUUAGAUGUAAGUCUACAAAAUGUAAUUUUGAAAUCUGUUGAGUAAAGUGCAAAAGAUAUUCUGUACACUAUACUGUAUGUGCAAAAGCAAAUAUAUGAACUUUCCAAUACAUGGAAUUUCAUGACAUGACAUAAGAUAGUUCUGGUAAGGCUUGUUGAUACUAUAGCAGGUCUAUAUUGACAUUGUAAGAAGUGAACAGUGCCAUGCAUUUCCUAAAUGCUUUUUAAGCAUUACAAAUUUUUUUGACACGUGA